GGAUCUGGAGCGUCGGCUAUGAUUUGCCAUGGUGGCCUAUGUGGGCGGUGCUCGGCGCCGGUUGUCGCCGCAGCGGGUGCAUGAAAUCUUGGAAGGAAAGCUGGAUAUCUCGGCGGACCAAGCCUCAGUUCAUCCAUAUCGGCCGGAAGAUUUCUUAGUGGUGUUUGCUUCUGCAGAGAUAAGGAACAGAGUGGCGGCAUGCCCGUCGGUAGAGUUUCAAGGGGACCGGCUGUUAUUCAGGCCAUGGAAUCAGCAAUCGCAAGCGGUCCACUCGGUGAUGGGUUUCAAAGUUUGGUUAGUGCUUGAAGGCAUCCCGCCCCAUGCUUGGGAUCGGGCAACAGCAGAGGAGCUGCUGGGAUCCUCGUGUAAGGUGGAUGUUGUGGCGCCGGAGUCUACCUCGCGGGCGGAUUUGUCUUCCUUCAAGCUUUCUGCGUGGACGGCCGACCCGGAUGAGAUCCCUACGAUGCGUUGGCUAGCAGUUCCGGAGCCUGGUACUGAGGCUCCGCCGCCAUUGCUGCAGUAUAAGGUUCUAAUCCAUGUCGAUGCGGUGGCGGACUUCAGGGACACAGGAGAGCCGCUUUUCCUCGGUGGAUCGUCGGACAGUGGUCAGAGCGGUAUUCCAGACUCAGAUGAGGACUUCGGCGGUGAAUCAAGGCCGCGCAAGCUUGUGUGGACGUUUGGGGUCCGGGACUCGCGGGGAGGUGGCCAGGGCAGCGGCGCCGCCGGCGUUGGGCAUGGAGGAUCGGUGCGGAGCCGUGUGGGGUCGGAUUGGCGUCUUCCGCCGAUGGACCCGGUUUCGGUCGUCAGCAGGAGUGGGCCAGGCAGGCAGGUGUGCGAGAGGCUAACCACUAGGCAAUCGGCUUUUGACCGGCUCAACGGCCAGCACGACCACUGUGCAGCUGAUAAAGGUUUGGUUCAAACCAAUUUGAAUGGCCAAGGCGCGGCUCAGUCGGGUCAGGUGACAGUUGUGAAGCGGGCCCUCAUGGCCUCCACGAUCGUGGCAAGUGCGCCGCAUCAAGCUGCGGGCCCAGAGAGGGUUCGAGAAGUGCGGCCUGGCAUGACUGGAUGACCAAUCGCAUCUCGU